UUUACCUUUAGCUGUGGAUUUUUUUUCAAAUUUUCUACAUAUUUUUAUAUCACGUGCAUAUGCAGCCGAGUAUUUGGGAUUGAUGUCUCCGGUACCGUUCGUCAUGAGGAAACAUGCACCAAAACAUGCGAGCUACGGCUUGAAUUUUGCAUUCGGAGGCACCGGUGUUUUCGAUACUUUGGUUUCGGCACCAAACAAGACUACCCAGAUUGAUUUCUUGCAAAACCUCGUCAAUCAAUCGGUCUAUGCGAAAUCGGGCCUUCAAUCCUCCUUGCGCUAUGUUAGCGUCGCCGGGAAUGACUACAGUACUUACUACGCCAAAGGUGGAUCUGCCAAGGGUUUGCCAGCCUUCAUCGCCAGUGUAGUCAAACAAAUUGCCGUGAACUUAAAAAGAAUUCACGACAUGGGAGUGGGAAAAGUAGCCGUAGGGGCGCUGCAGCCCCUCGGAUGCCUCCCCGGAGUCACCAUCCUGAAUAAUUUCCAACAGUGCAACGAAACUUCAAACACCCGCCGCGAAAUUCCACAACAUGUUGUUGCGGCCAACAGUGGCAAAGCUCAACAAUGAGAGCAAGGACUCGGGGGCAUUCAUA